UUUGUCUUCUCUCUCUCUUUCCCUUCUCUCUCUCUCACUCUCAAUUUCUUUUCACUAUGAGCUUCACUUCUUCUCUGCGUCUGGACACAAACCCUAUCACUUCACCAAAGUGGGUCCACCGUCAGGUCCCUCUCCGUCCCCAUCGAAACUUCGUAGUAUGCUCCAUAAAGUCCCCCUCCACGCCGUCGUUGAAUUUGGCUACUGACUCGGCCAGCACUGACUCACUGAGUCGAAUAAAUUCAUUGAGUCAAGUAUCGGGGGUGUUGGGUUGCCAGUGGGGCGAUGAAGGUAAAGGUAAACUCGUCGACAUCUUAGCUCAACACUUCGACAUCGUUGCUCGUUGCCAGGGUGGAGCUAAUGCUGGUCAUACCAUCUAUAAUUCAGAGGGUAAGAAGUUUGCGCUUCACCUUGUUCCAUCUGGUAUUCUUAAUGAGGACACUCUUUGUGUUAUUGGGAAUGGAGUCGUGGUGCAUUUACCUGGUUUGUUUAAGGAAAUUGAUGGUUUGGAAUCUAGUGGUGUUUCAUGUACGGGAAGGAUAUUAGUAUCAGAUCGUGCUCACUUGUUAUUUGAUUUCCAUCAAGAAGUUGAUGGGCUUAGAGAAGCUGAGCUUGCUAAAUCAUUUAUUGGUACUACUAGAAGAGGGAUUGGACCUUGUUAUGCCAGUAAGGCAAUUCGUAAUGGUAUUAGAGUAAGUGAUUUGAGGCACAUGGACACUUUCCCCCAAAAGCUUGAUAUUCUAUUAUCAGAUGCUGCUUCAAGAUUUCAAGGUUUUAAAUAUGGCCCAGAAAUGCUCAGGGAAGAAGUUGAGAAAUACAAGAGAUAUGCAGAAAGGUUGGAGCCUUUUAUUGCAGAUACAGUGCAUGUCAUGAAUGAAUCUAUUGAACAGAAAAAGAAGAUUUUGGUUGAAGGUGGUCAAGCCACUAUGCUGGACAUUGAUUUUGGAACUUAUCCUUUUGUGACUUCUUCUAGCCCAUCAGCAGGUGGGAUUUGCACUGGUCUUGGUAUUGCCCCAAGAGCUGUCGGUGAUCUAAUUGGAGUGGUUAAAGCAUACACUACAAGGGUUGGCUCCGGGCCUUUCCCCACAGAGAUCUUGGGUCAAGGGGGUGACCUACUUAGGUUUGCUGGGCAAGAGUUUGGCACCACUACAGGUCGUCCGCGACGUUGUGGUUGGCUUGAUAUAGUUGCACUAAAGUAUUGCUGUCAAAUUAAUGGAUUUUCCUCUUUAAAUUUGACCAAGCUUGACGUUCUGUCGGAUCUUCCUGAAAUUCAGUUAGGGGUUGCUUAUAAACACGCUGAUGGUACACCAUUUAAAUCAUUCCCAGCUGAUCUUCGUCUGCUUGAACAGUUGAAGGUUGAAUAUGAAGUUUUACCUGGAUGGAAGAGCGAUAUAUCUUCUAUUAGAAACUAUGCAGACUUUCCAAAAGCUGCACAACAAUACGUGGAGAGAAUAGAAGAGCUUGUCGGUGUCCCUGUCCAUUAUAUUGGUGUUGGGCCCGGACGUGAUGCUCUCAUAUACAAGUAAUUCAACUGUUAUUUCACUCAUUUUGAUAUCAACUGCAACAUUUUAACAUUAUCACUUUCAAGGAACAUUUUUGGCCAGAACAAACAAUUUUUAAUUAGGUGAAGUGAAUUAGCUAUCCAAUUCAUGCUUUCCAUUGGGAAUUUACUUUGAAUUGGAUGUUUUCAUUUGUUAAACCAUUAGGAGAUCUCAGUGGGGUUAUUGUUUGUUUAAUGCUAUGUGGGAAAAGAAAUUCAGUUCCAGUUAUUUUUGGAGUGCUAUAAUAUAGUUAAGCACCAAUUUUUGUUUUUA